AUGCCUAGCUUUGCCGAGAUCUACGCCGCGUGCUUGUACACGGGAGGGGAAGGCUAUCCACUUUGGAAUCCAUCUCCGCUUCGUCUUGGUGACGUUGGCUACGUUCGCGACGGCUCGUUCAUCGUCCUCUACAACGCCAUCGAUGGUCCUGGACGCCUGUCGGAUGCGGCCAGCAUCCCUCUGGCCCGUCGAUCCGAUCGUUCCGUCUCUCGUGAGCGUGUUCGGCGCGAUUCAGCAGGCUCAGCGUCGGCAAGCAUGGACAUCGAUGAUCCAGUCAGAGUCAUCAUGGACUCAGCCGAGUCGUCGCGCAGGUCUUCGCGGGCAUCAUCCAGCACGAGCCCGCCCUUGGCGUCCGUAGCCAUGUCGAGGUCUGCUGCUUCCGACUCAAUACUUCCCUCUGCAGCAAAGAAAGGCUCUCCCACCCUUUCGCAUAGGAAACUUAGGUCUGGUACGCCGCCAGAGGGCCCUUUCCCUCCCAUGCCACUGUCGGUCGACCAGGAGGCGCCUAAGCUGUUUGACAUGGGCCCACGCAUGUCAUCCAACUAUCACUGUCUCGGUCUGGCAGGAGGCACUUCCAUUGCCGGCUCUCCCGUCAGCGUCAAGAUCGGCUUCGAAAGCUCUGGCGGCGACGGUGCCAUUCUUAUCCCUCGCGAUCCCACCGAGCGCACUCGACUCAAGUAUCUGGGCGUGCUCAAGGCGUACAUCAAGGCACACCACAAGUGGAUGUACGAGACGUACGGCCGGAUCGAGGCCAUCGGUAUCGACGAUCUGGCCUUCAUCUACGGACAGGAUCGUACCUCGGACUGGGCCGUAGCCGUAUCGCGCGAUGCAACCCGCGGUGCCAAGGUCGAGUUUGAAAUAUUUGGCAGUGCCUCUGCAGGUUUCUGGGGCAACUGGUCGCAUACACUGAGUGCCUGCCAACGAGGACCACAUCGUUCGCCAGGAGCUCACAACGAUCACAAUGCCAGUCAAGUCGAGGCUCCUAUCGAACGUCGACGAGAAAGCGAGAACAUCCAUUGGGGCGUCAAUAUCGAGGGGGGCGUCAUCAACCCGUCGUUCUCCUUUUCGGCUUCGUCGUCUACCAGGGAUCGUGACGACGACGAACACACUCGAGGGCGACGACGUCGAGCUGCACUCGGUCGAGUCCCGAGCGUCAGGUGGACACCAGAAGCGCAUGCGGCUCCGGAUCAGACCAUUUCAAUCCGCCGAGUGACAGCGUGUACCACGCCAGGUCUUGGGUUCCUGCCAGCGAGGCCCAAGGCAGCAGCUGAGCCUCGUGAUCCUGACAUGGAUCGGCGUCAAGAUGGCAAGGCUGAUGCAGUGGCUCGACACGACAGCACCGGCCAUGACGGUCACGACCAGGACGCGGUCAAGAGCAAGUCGUGGUGCGACGAUCCUCUGGAAGCGUUGCACGAAUGGAUUCACCAUCGCGAUGCUGCAGCGAAGAUCAAGGUCUCGAUCGCUUCGGACGACGACUGCCUGCAACUGCUUUCGCUUCUUGGUAAAGAGCAGGUAAAUGCAUUUGGGCUCCAGAGAGCAGUGCGUCUGGCGGCUGAUCGCUUUGCUACCAUCACAGUAGAUGGAGACGGCUUUGCUACUGUGUCGGUUAGUGAUUCUUUCACUCCAGCCCCAAGGUUGGCGUCUGUCCCACAAACGGCGCCUGCUCGUUGCUUGCUGGCUGACAAGGAGAACACGGGCGAGGACAUGUUUGCGGUUGCGAGACGCGCUGUCGCAAAGGCGCACCAUCAAGCUCCUGGUGGCUCGAAGCCGCGUGCGAUGCUCAGCGCCUCGUCUCGGUUCAACUCGAUGCUUCCAUGCCGACCCAUGAGCGGCGGCCUUGGAUCUGCGUCGGCAUCGCUGAUCUUGCCUUGA